CAGCGUUGCCCCUAUCAAGCGUCCGGGAGGCUCUCUUUGAGACCUGCAUGCUGGCCCGCGGCAAGCUCAAGCACGGGAGGAAGCUCGAGAUGAUGCGCAUUCAUCGGGCAAACUGAGUUCCUACGUCUCAGCUACUUCAGACGUAUGUGGACAUUCCAGGAGUCCCUGAUGCCGGGACACAAGGCGCGGUUUGUCCUCGGCGGCGAGGUCUUGGAGCAUGACCUGCGCAAGUUCAAGUCAGUCGCGCCGCCCUUCCCGGAUUGGGUUCUUCGCGAGCCUCCAGAGGAGGACCUGAGGAUGAAGUCGGGCAGCGUGCGGAAGAUCAUUGCGACGGCCCACGACUCCAUGUAUACAGAGGCCAGGGCUGCUGUGCGCGCCGCUGCCGCAGACGCCUGGUUCUUACAAUUUAUGCUUCCCCAUGACCGGAACUACCGGCUUUGCGGCCUGCUGAUGGCAACGAGCGGCCGGGCUUGCAAGGAUCCGAGGGCCAAGAUAUAUGCGGUGCUGGGUCUGCUGCAGCAAUAGCGGGGUAAAAGCCACGCUAUUGAGCAAGCCCGGGCGACGUUGCUAGCAGUGAACUAUUCCAAACCAAUCGAUGCCGUAAUCCGGGAUGCGCUCUACUACUCAUUCUUUCAUGAGAGCACGGCUUCCCUUCCGGAGGCAAUCCUGCGUUUCGAGCCACGGCGGUGUGGCCCGGCUUCCUGUGCAAUGCUCGAGGAUGGCGUGCCGCAGCAAGGCAG